AUGAGUGGCUCAUACUCAAGAAUCAGACAAGUUAGUAAAACAAGAUCAAAUUCUAUAGAUCUUUCUGAUAUUUCUUUCCCAUCUCAUACACCAAGAUCCAUUGCUAAAAACACCACCAAAUCCAUGGAUAUCAAACAAAAAAGCCCCCAAAACAAUCCCAGAAUGCCGGAUUCGAUAGCCGAACACGAAACUGAGGAUGACAUAGGAGAGAUCUUUGGAGAACUCUUGAAGAGAAAAUGUUCUGUCCCUUCUCACAAGGACGUGACUGAGAAAUCAUAUAUUCAAACAGUGGUGAAGAGGUCGUUUUCUUUAAAGAAAUCUUCUUCAGUGUCUGAAGGGUAUAGUAGAAUCCAUCACCAGAUUGAUUUAACUGCUGAUCAUGAUGAUGAUGAACACUUGAAUUCACAGGCAAGAGCCAAGAAGAAGAAAGGCAAGAUUCUUCAAGCUUGUAGGCGUUUAUUUCGAUUUUAA